GCGCUUGGCCCUCGGAGGGUGUGGGGGCUCCCGGGCUCCCGAGACGCGGAGAAUGCGACUGCUCCCACUCUGCGGGGGUCGGAGCGGGGCUGGCCGCGCCCGGGGUGUUGUGCGAUCCGGGCAGGUGGGCGAGGCUGGGGACCCAGCGGGACCGGCCACCGCCUAGGGCGCGGGGACGUGCCAGGUGCAACCCCAGCGGGGGGUGGGGAGACGAGGCCGGCCCCUCCCCGGGCACCUGCCGCGGCGGGCCGGACCCUGGGCCCCAGGUGCGCUUUGCUCCCUGAGGGAUUUUCCGGUCCCGUGGGCAACGGGACAACCAGGAACUCAGGCUCAGUCUCCACCCCGAAGUGGGGCGGAUCCGCCCAGGAUAAGACCCGCUGUCCGGCCCGAUCAGAGUGUGACCUCCGCGGUCGCAGGGGACGAGCGCAGCCCCGUCUCGGCACGAGAGAGGAGCAUCUGCUGGGGUGACUGAACUCGGAUCUUGACACGGAGUCAUGGCCAUGGCAAGCAAAGGAGGUACCGUCAAAGCUGCCUCAGGAUUCAAUGCUGCCGAAGACGCCCAGAGCCUGAGGAAGGCCAUGAAAGGGUUUGGCACUGAUGAAGAUGCCAUUAUUGGAGUCCUUGCCUACCGCAAUACCGCCCAGCGCCAAGAAAUCAGGACGGCCUACAAGACCACCAUUGGCAGGGACCUGAUGGACGACCUGAAGUCAGAACUGAGUGGCAACUUCGAGCAGACGAUAGUGGCGCUGAUGACGCCCACGGUGCUGUACGACGUGCAGGAGCUGCACAGGGCCAUGAAGGGAGCCGGCACAGAUGAGGGCUGCCUGAUCGAGAUCCUGGCCUCUCGGACCCCUGAGGAGAUCCGGCGCAUAAACCAGCUCUACCAGCAGCAAUAUGGACGGAGCCUUGAAGAUGACAUUUGCUCUGACACGUCGUUCAUGUUCCAGCGAGUGCUGGUGUCUCUGUCAGCUGGUGGUAGGGAUGAAGGAAAUUAUCUGGAUGAUGCUCUCAUGAGGCAGGAUGCCCAGGACCUGUAUGAGGCUGGAGAGAAGAAAUGGGGGACAGAUGAGGUGAAAUUUCUAACUGUUCUCUGUUCCCGGAAUCGAAAUCAUCUGUUGCAUGUGUUUGAUGAAUACAAAAGGAUAUCACAGAAGGAUAUUGAACAGAGUAUUAAAUCUGAAACAUCUGGGAACUUUGAAGAUGCUCUGCUGGCUAUAGUUAAGUGUAUGAGGAACAAACCUGCGUAUUUUGCUGAAAGGCUUUAUAAAUCAAUGAAGGGCUUGGGCACGGAUGAUAACACCCUCAUCCGAGUGAUGGUUUCUCGAGCAGAGAUUGACAUGAUGGACAUCCGGGCACACUUCAAGAGGCUCUAUGGAAAGUCUCUGCACUCUUUCAUCAAGGGCGACACAUCGGGAGACUACAGGAAGGUACUGCUAGUUCUCUGUGGAGGAGAUGAUUAAAAUAAAAUCCCAGAAGGAUAGGAGGAUUCGCAACACUUUGAAUUUUUUUUAACUUCAUUUUUCUACACUGCUAUUAGCAUUAUCUCAGAAUGCUUAUUUCCAAUUAAAACGCCUACAGUUGCCUCCUUGGUUAUAGACUGUAUUAUUAUUCAUCUAUAAUUAGUUAUUAUGAUGCUUUAAAGUUGUACUUGCAUUUCAAAGCUUAUAAGACCUACAUGGAGAUUUAAAAUUAGAAAUAAAAAUAUACUCCAUGUUUUUAA